CAGAGCCAGGGGGAGGAGCCUGUGUCAGCUCUUAAAGAGACAGAAGCUGGACUGGAACCAGUUCAACCCACAGGUGAACUGACUGGAGUCCACUGGGUUCAGUUUUCUGUGAGGAUCCUGGUUUCUGUUGACCCGGUUCUGAAGGUUCUCAGACGGAACUGAUCCACAGCCAUGAAGCGUCUCAGCAGCCUGGUGCUGAAGAAGGCCAAGGACAAGGAGAGAUGGAUGGAGAGGAGGAGGAGCGAAGCUUCAGAAGGAGGAGAGGAGGAAGAGGAGGAGGAAGACAUGAGGACAGACCUGAGACACACACGGAUGAUGAGGAGGACAUCUGAGCCGUGUGGACCAACGGAGACAGACAGGAUGGACACAGGCAGGGGGAAGGACCGCAGGAUGUCCAGUUUUAUGAUGGAGGACAGAGUGGGAGGACAUGUGGACAGGAUGCAGAGGGACGUGGACAAGAAGUGGACGAGAAGACGAUCUGAGCCUUGCGGUCCUCUUAACGUUCAUCUGCUUCCCCUGUCCUUCAGGAAAAGGUGGACUGGUCGCAGGACGUCCUGCUGUGAGGGACAGGCAGACAGGAGACAAGGAGGUGGUCAGAUGACUGGAAGGACUAAUCGGUCCUCUGACCCAAUCAGUCCUCUGGACACCACCUACAGCUUGUCCUCCCCUCCUCCUCCUCCUCCUCCUCCUCCUCCUGCCCCCUCUCGUCAGGAGGAGGGGGGGGGUUUCCACCUGGAGACGUACCUGACGGAGCCACGGCGUCCGGAGACCAGGAGGCUGCGCUCCUUUUCCUCCCCUCCUGACAGCGGACAGCGAGCCUCCGGUCUUUCCUCCUCUUCCUUCACCUCCUCCUCCACCUGCAGUCAGCCGGCUCCGCCUCCUUUGGCCCAAACCACACCUGUGUCUCCUCCCAUCAGGAAGCAGGGUCAGAGGAGUCAGAGCGGGACAUCUACAUGCGCUUCAUGAAGUGUCACAAGUGUUAUGACAUCAUCCCUACCAGCUCCAAACUKGUGGUGUUUGACACCACACUGCAGGUGAAGAAGGCCUUCUUUGCUUUGGUGUCAAAUGGUGUUCGAGCUGCACCGCUGUGGGAGAGCAAGAAGCAAGGCUUUGUGG